AUGCCCGUUCCCUGCCAUCAGAGCCCGGUGCUGGCAGGCAGCGUCACUUUGGCCGCUCUGGGGGCACUGGUCCUGUACCUCGCGAAGCCCUCCGGCUACGGGAAGUACUCGGAGAGCCUGAUGCCCGCCGCCACCCGCCUGUCCGCGCGCGCCGCCUGGUUCCUGCAGGAGCUGCCCUCCUUCGCGGUGCCCGCGGGGAUCCUCGUCCGGCAGCCGCGCUCGCUCUUCGGCCAGCCGGCGACGGUGCUCCUGGGCCUCUUCUGCGCACAUUACUUCCACAGGACCUUUGUUUACUCAUUGCUCACUAGAGGGAGGCCUUUCCCAGUUGCAUUUCUUGUCAGAGGAUUUGUCUUCUGCACGGGAAAUGGACUGCUCCAAGCCUACUAUCUGAUUUACUGUGCUGAAUACCCUGCUGAGUGGUACACAGACGUACGGUUUAGCCUGGGUGUCUUCUUAUUUAUUUUGGGAAUGGGAAUCAACAUUCAUAGUGACUAUAUAUUGCGCCAGCUCAGGAAGCCUGGAGAAGUCAUCUAUAGGAUUCCGCAAGGUGGCUUGUUUACGUAUGUUUCCGGAGCCAAUUUCCUAGGUGAGGUCAUUGAAUGGACGGGCUAUGCCCUGGCCACUUGGUCCCUCCCAGCACUUGCGUUUGCGUUUUUCUCACUUUGUUUCCUGGGGCUGCGAGCUUUCCACCACCACAGGUUCUACCUCAAGAUGUUUGAGGACUAUCCCAAAUCUCGGAAGGCCCUCAUUCCAUUUAUUUUUUGAAGAAACCAGAUAAAAAAGGAACUAAAAGCUCCCAUAUGACUGUUGAACACCAUCAAGCUGAUGAGCCUGUAACUUUUAAAGUUCCAGUGUGUAUCUAUACCGGGAGGCCUCUUGUGUUCUGACAGCCGGCCUGGAGAUUCUGUGAGGUGGCUAUUUCACGUGUCCUCCACCCUCCCAGGGUCUCUCUCCUGGUCUCCUGUUGACGCUUCCGCAAGGCUCUUCUCCACACAGAGGCAUCUGUCUGCUCUUUAUCUAGUCCUCCUAGAAAGUGCAAAACUUCCCUAUGU